AGCGCGUGUGUGCACGAGAGUGUGUGCGUGUCCCUCACUUCACCGUGUCCAUGUUUUCUGUUGUGUAACUUCUGUUGCAUGCUGUUGUCCCUGUGCCUUUUCGCAUGUGUAUAUUUCUAUUUUGUGUUCUCUGUGUGCGUGUGUGUGUGUGCGUGCACUCAGCUAGUGUUCAUGUGGGGAAACCUCGACCUGGCGUCAGAGAAGAAGAGGGAGGUGCCGGUCCCCUUGCUGCUCCCCGGCCAGGUGGGGGUGGUCAGCGUGGCCUUUGUCGCUCCCGUGAUGGAGGGGACGUACACCUCCCACUGGCGGCUGGCGCACUGCGGGUGUCAGUUCGGCCCGCGCGUGUGGUGCAGCAUCGUGGUCGACCCCGGCAACAGCCGCAGCACACUCGGACAACAGAGCAAAAGACUGAAGGAGGAGGUGAGGACAGUGGAGAAGGAGAUGGAGCUGAGGUGUGACGAGUUCCAUCACGACGAUUUCUACUUCCCCUCAGUCGACCUGCUGACUGCACAGGAUCUUCUCUCAUUUGAGUUGUUGGAUAUAAAUAUAGUUCAAGAGUUGGAGAAAGUUCCUAAUAACACUCCUGUUGAUCUGACGCCCUGUAUAUCACCUCUGCCCCACGAUCCACCACUUCUGGAGAAGGCCAUAACUUCACAAAUAAAAGAAGACACAGAGGUCACAGGGGUCCGAAAACUUUUUGGAGUGAAGCUGAGGCAGCAGAGGGAGAUGUCAGAGACCGUGACCCAGGAGGACGAGAAGGAGGAGGAGAUCAGCGGAGCCCAGUUCCUGUGUGAGACCGUCAUCCGCUCCCUCACCUUGGAGGAAGCCCCCGACCACAGACCCCUGCGCCGGCUUCAUCAGAGCAGCCACAAGCCACAGAUUGUUUCCCGCGGCACAAGCUUUUGCUUUGAGAGAGCAGCGGAGGCCGAGAAGAUGGAGAAGGCACAAGAAGGAAACACGGAGCUCUGUGCUCUGAGACUUGAGAGUUCAGCUCCGCCUCCGGACACAGGCCUCAACCAGAUCAGCCAAGAAGAAGAGACGAGGCCAGUUCUUCUCCUGGAACCAGUGACUGAAAACGUGCACAUCAGUUCACUUCGUGAUACGGAGGAUGAAGAAGUUGUGGUUUUGGAUGAGAUGCAAGUCAUGAAGGUUACUCAAGAGGAGAAAGACGAGGGUGCAGCCAAAGGAGAAGACUGGGAUGAGGUCAGCAGCCAGACCUCCUCAGUCUCCUCCUGCGACGAUUACAUCAUCGUCCUCCCCGACUGCUUUGACACCACCCGUCCUCUGGGGGAGUCCAUGUACAGUUCUGCCAUGUCCCAACCUGACAUCGCUGCUGCUGCCGCCGCCGAGACCUCAGAGGCUCCAGACGUUCAGCAGCCGAAAGACGACGACUCUGACUGCGAGCCGGGCAGGACGGCGCCGCCGAGCACAAAGCAGGAGAGGUCGGAGGUGGUCGCCGCUGAGGAUUUGUCGGUGAAUGUCUGGCUCCCACCCGUCCCUCUGAUCCACAGCAGCGUAAACCAGAUGCUCUGUGCUUCUCAGACUCUGGACGCUGUGACACUCACCCCUGAAGUGGUGCCACCGCCGCCGAUUCUGGUCGACUCCCUGCUGUCCCCGCCGGCUCUCUACUCACCCAGGUCCGAGGCACUGUACCUGGCCGAGGACCCCAGUCCUCCGGCCUGUGACCCGUACGAGCCGCGCCAGCCAAGGGUCCAUUUAAACGUGUCGUCCGGUCUGUCCCGAUCAGCAGGCUCAGCCUCCAGUGCCUUCGAGACCUACAACCCCAGACCCAGCAACGCACUGCAGCCAAGGGGCCAAGGAGGCAUCACUGAGGGACUUGUCAAGGGGGCCCUGUCUGUGGCAGCGUCCGCUUAUAAGGCUCUCUUCACUGGACCAAACUGCCCAAUACAGCGAGGCAUCGACCCGGCCACCAGGCAGGACCCCUCCAUGAUGGCCAUGCUGCUGGAGAUGGGCUUCAGAGACCAUCGGCUCAACCAGCGGCUGCUGAGGAAGCACGGCUACAGCCUGCUGCACACCGUCAACGAGUUGGUGCAGAUGGCCGAGGAGCGGCAGAACGAAGCCGUCGAGGCUCGGCACUGAGGGGGGAGGGGCGGGGAGGAGGAGAGAAUGUAUUUGAAGAUAUUUAGAUUAUGACCUGUGUGUGGUUUUUCCAAUGUCCUUUGACUUAUUUAAAGACGACACAAAGAAAAGCUAUUUAUGAUUCAGCGACAAAGGGUGGAGAGUUUAUUUGGACCAAUAGGACAAUAAAAAUAAAAUAGCAUUUAUUCCUCGUACACCAUUGAUUAGAAUGAAACACUCAUGAACGGCUUCUCCUGCCUUUUGCCUUUAAGUUAGCUUCAACAUUUGGAUGAAAUGAAACUAUAUAUAAAAACACUCGUAGAUUAUUACGGAUAGUUCUCGACCUCUGCCAUGUCUUGUUUACCGCCGCACAACUUUAUUGUGUCGGUUUAAGAAAAGGACGUAGGAGCUUCGACGGGAGGGAUUAAGUGUGUAACUCUGCUCUUCAUCUUCGUGUUGCUGUUGUAGCUGCUUCCUCUACGCUGGAAAAUAAUCGUGUCUCGUCAGGGCUCGGCUAGAUUCUCCUCACAAGCGGAGCGUGAAUAUCGUUGAAUGUCGUUUAAAAAAAAAAAAAAUUUCAAUUAAAAAAAGGUAGAAAUGUUGUGAAGAGCCAGCUCUCGUUUAAGGCGACGUUACUGAAGCUGCAGCGGCCGGAACAACAAGCGUAAUAUUUCCGACUUUUCUCGAUUUAUCGUAGUGAAACCUGCCUAAUCAAUGCAAUCUUUUUCUUACUGUUAUUUUAGACGUUGACAUGUGGAAUGUAACCGUCCGGACGGGUCACCGUUCAGACUCCCCGGUGUUUUUCUACUUGCUUCUUAGGAGACGCCUGCAUGACAGGUAGAGGCUUUAGAGACGAGUCGUGUUCUUGUGUCUUAGCACAGUCACAGUGGAGACGUCGUGGUUCCACGCCCUCGCCUGCAUUUCCCCCCGCGCGUCGUCAUGAACCGACUGAACCCUAGCAACCGCCACUUAGCACCAAUCCAAGCGUAGACGCCUCUAACAACACAUUCCAUGAUCUCUUAGUGGAACCAAGUAUAUUCUGUUUCAUUAAAAGGCCUUUUACAAAAUAUACACACGAUGGUUUGAUGUUAUUUGUGGUGAGUGUGUGUGUGUAGAUUUAAUUUAACGUACGUUUCUGAUUGUUUGAGUUGAUUCUCUUUGCUUCUGUUUGUGUGGUUGAGGAUUUUUGAACCAUAUUUUCUUACGUUGAGGAUUUUCCACGAUUUAAAGAAUCAGACUCUUGAGAAUAAUUCUGAAUAUAUCUACUAUGCUCGUCAAAUGAUUCUUCUGCCACUGAGUGUAUUCAUCAAAUACCCUUCAGCUGUCGAUCCACCAAUAAAACUAUUUGCACAUCC